AUGGUGUUUGGAUGCGCCUGUACCACCCUGCAUUUCACAAUUAGAAGGGGGCUUGUUCAAGUGGCAAUAGAAGUGGAAGACCGUGCACAGCGAUCAGCUAUCACAAGUUAUGCUGAUGAUGUUCGAGUGACUGUAGCUGCACCAGCGGCCCGUGGGGAAGCCAAUAAUGAACUUCUUGAAUUCAUGGGCAAAGUGCUGGGACUGAGACUUAGCCAGAUGACCCUUCAGAGAGGGUGGAAUAACAAAUCAAAGCUUCUUGUGGUAUGUAAAAUUUUGGUCCUGUACCCAUAA